GAUGAGUCGAAGUGACCGAGAUUGGCUACGCUUUUUGGGAAAAGUUAUCCCUUAUACUCACCUUACACCCAGAGCUUGAGUCUUCUUUUUGGAGACUAGUAAACACAUGAAGAACACGUUCAAUGAUUGGCGAGACGAACUAUGUCAGCCCGAGUAUUACCAGAAUAAGAUAGUGGUUAUAGAUACAGAGUUGAGGAGGAAUAAGGUUUAUGAAAUAUUUUUUGAACCCAGCUUUACUAAGUUUCAUGUUCACAUUGUUGUCAGAUUGGGAGACAGUUUGGAUAAGGUAUAUGAUUCACUCCCUCCAGAGGUUAGCAGGAACAUUGUUGAGGUAGAAAGAAUAUAUUUCUCAAAAAGCUUUGAGGAUCCCGAUACUCUUGUUAUGGACUUUAUGACUUGGGCUUAUACAAGAAGUAUCAGUUAUAAAAACCUGACAAUUUGCACUUUUGAACCGAGAGCUAAGGUUUUCAAUAGAAAAGUUUUGAAUUUCAAAAAUCCUCCAAUAAUCAACAACACGAGCAAGCCGUUAGGAGUGAGUAAGUAUGGAAGUAGAAAUACAACUUACUCUGGCUUUAUUAAUCCCAUAUGUCAUUAUCCAAGUACUUUAAAGAAUAAGAGAACUGUUUCACAUUCACCUUCUGAUCCACAUUGCUCAAAGCCUAGAGGGUACCAAACGAAGGCCAGAUUAAGUACAGGAACAAUAUCUAUAAAGCAGGAAAAGAACUCAAAUGUAGAUACAAAUGCAAGUAGACUUAAUCCACAAACUCUUACAAAAUAUCUGUCAAAGAAAGUCAUAUAUAAAGUUUGAAUGGACACAACCAGUUUGGAAAUACUUUCAAAAUUAGAUUGUACAAUAGAGAACUUGGAGAUUGAGCAUCACAAAAAAGAUGACGUUUGCUUGAACUAUUUACCCAUCAUCAAUGAGAAUGUGCAAAAUCAUUUGAAAAGAGUCACUUUGGUAGUUAAGGAAUGUGAGCCAAAUCUAGAUAAUCUAUGCAGAUCCUUGAGUACUUUCACUAAGGAUACGAAGAAAAAAUUAGUUUGAACUUCAAUUCCAAUCACCAAGUUGUUGGACUGCUCAAACAUUGACUGCAUUUCAACAGGCGACUGAUGGGAUGUUGAGCUCAAAGAAGCAGUAUUUUAUUACUUUAGCGACCAAAAUGUCUUUAGAGUAUUCACAAAGAAACUAUUUGUUUGCCUCAAUACUCAGAACCAGCUUGAUAAAGAUGAAUGCUCAAAGAUAAAGCUUUUGCUGCUAGAUGAGUCAGUCAAGAUUUGUAGUAUCGAAGGAUGGUGGAAAGAAAAAUUAGAUGAUGCACACCCAAAAAUUCUCCAAUACAGAGACCUCCUCUCUGUCACAGAUGUGAGUGCUUUGAUACUUGAAAAUGACGAUCUUGUUAUCAGCACUCUUAUUAGAAAAGGGAAAAGUCCAUUUUAUUUCAAGAGGUUGAACAUUAAGAAAGUGAACACCUUGUUUGUUCAGAUAUCUGAUUAUUCAGAAAGUCCGAGAGAUGCUGUCAUAAUAUGCGAAGAGUUAUUUAAAGAGUACAAUAAGCUUUACUUCUCGAACUGAAUAGAAACUGAAGUAGGCCAGAUGUAUUCCCAAAAGUUAGUCAUAGAUAUUGAUUUUGACUUAUUUUUCAUGUAUAAAAAUAAAAUGCUUAAUCUGUUUAUUGAGAACUUCAGAAAUGGGAUGAAAACUGCAUUGAUUAAUCUUACUUUUGACGGUAGAGAAGAUGAUAAGUUGAUGCUUUCGAUUGACUUGACCAAUUAUGAAACAACUUUGGAGUCUUGAAAGCUAGUGAAAACUAAACAGCAGUUGAUUAAUCUUAUUAAGAAGAACUUCUACUGCUGGGAUGCUGAGGAUUAUGAAGCCAUCGAUAAUAUCAUUUGCUAAUUAUAAUUUCAAUAAUACACUAAA